AUGUCUGCCCCAGCAAAGGUCACAUUCACUUCUCGCGGCUACAAGCUCGCAGGCCACCUCUACCCUCCUGUUGUCAACUCGCCCAACCGUUCUGGAGCGGUCAUCAUUAUCGCCCACCCAUGGACCUCGGUCAAAGAACACUCCCCAGCCCACUACGCUCCCGUCCUUUCCCAGGCCGGCUUUUACUGCCUUGCCUACGACGCGGCCUACCAAGGAGAAUCCGAAGGAGAGCCUCGCUACCUCGAAGACCCGGGCCAGAGGGUUGAGGACAUCAAGUCGGCCGUCACGUACCUCGUCAGCCGCGAUGAAAUCGACUCCGACAAAAUCGGCGUUAUAGGAAUUUGCGCAUCAGGCGGCUACGUCUCCUUCGCCGCGCAGACCGAUCUCCGAAUCAAAGCCGUCGCCAUCUCCGCCGGUGUCUGCUCCGGCACAAUGGUGCGCCGCGGUCUCGACAAAGAUGUGUCCAACCUCGACAUCCUCCACGCCCAGCUCAAGGCCGCUGCCAAAGACCACAACAGCGACGUUACCGGGGAGAAGAUCGACAUUGUCCACAUGUUGCCCGAUGAGUUCAACCCGGCGAACGCCCCUGCCGAGAUGCCCGAGUCGUUCCGCGACUUGGCUUCGUACUACUGCACAGCCCGGGCUACAGCCAACCAUCCUCGCGUCACCAAUCUUUGCUUGCCGCGAAGCUGGGAUGUUAUGGGCAACUUUGACGCCUUCGCUUGGAACCAGCUGAUCAGCCCGAGGCCAUUCUUGGCAAUCACUGGUACCAAGGCUGCCUCCAUGUGGUAUAGCGAGGAUGCUGUUGCGAAGGCUGAGGAGCCAAAGGAGCUGUUCGUUGUUGAUGGACUUACUCAGGCCGACUUGUACGACAAUGUGGAGGCUGCCGGGGCCAAGCUCAAUGAGUUCUUCAGCAAGUAUCUAGUCUAA